AUGGAAAAACAGUUGGAUGGUGAUGAAGUCAUAGUAGAGAUUCCGGGUGGUGAACAUAAGUCAAACACUAGCGACCAGUGUUCGGAGACUGAGGCUAAUGACCCAUUAACACCUGCAACUAAUACUGAGGUGUUUCAUUUGGAUCAAGACCAAGGUCUCAGAUCAAGGAAAAAAAUGUCCUCAUGUACCAAUUCUUCGGGUAUAGAAACACCAAACAGUCAUCUAUAUCCUACACCACAGCAGGUCGAUGUGGUCCAGUCUCAAUACCCGAAGCCAAUACUCACCGAAUCAGCAACAUUCAGCACUUGGAAAAAAGAGAAUGAUGAAGUGAUUUUAAUUCUUAGCAAAACUAUAGAUAAACUAGAAAAUAUGGAGAUUUGGAUUUUCGAUUUAUGGGAAUGGUGUGUUCUGUUAUUGGCAAUCUUGUGUGGUCGCUUUCUUUCAACCGGUUUUAUGAAUGUUAUACUUUUGUUAACUGAUAAUCAAUUCCUGGUUGGAAUGAAAGUUCGGUAUGUUACUCGCAGCCUGCGAAAGAGCAUUGGGGUUUUUAUUUGGAUAGGUUUGAUUUUACUAACUUGGGAACUCUUUAUCAACCGUGGUGUUCGUAAAUCAAGAGGUACCAGCAAAGUUGUAAAGUAUAUCACUAGGGGGAUUGCUUCUACACUUGUUGUUGCCGGUUUUUGGAUACCCAGAACUCUGCUUGUAAAGUUCAUAAAUUCUUCAAUUUAUGUUAGAAGAUAUGUUGAUAGAAUAAAUGAAGACAUGUUCCAUUACUACAUUCUUGAGACCCUUUCAGGGCCAGCAUUAAUGGAGGGCUCAGAAAACAUUAAUGGGUCUAAGUUACCAUCCAGAAAAUUCAGGUUUACAAGUUCUACCAAGGAAGAACAAAUGAACGAAAAGGUUAUUGAUGUUCUAGAUGUCCCGAAUUCAGAUUCUAUCAUAUCUGUUUGGACGAUAAAACAGUUUCUUAAAGUUGUAAGGGGGUUUGACUUUCCUAAUUCACAUGGUGAAAAUGGUGCUUAUGCUAUAUUUAAGAAUGUAGCUAAACCCGGGCACAAGUACAUCACAAAGGAUGAUCUUUUGCGUUUUAUGAACGAAGACGAGGUGAAGGCAUUGCUUAAAAGGAUAGUAGGAGAUAGGGAAACCAUACCUAUUACGAACAAAUCCUUCAGGAAUUGGGUAAGGGAUGCGUCUAUGAAUCAUAAGGGUCUAGUUUUAUCCAUAAUUGACACAAAGUCAGCCAUAAAGGAGCUAAACAAGUUUGUAACUGGAAUUACAGUAGUUGUAUUCAUAAUCAUCUGGUUAAUUAUCACGAGGAUUGCUACAAGAGAAGUGUUGCUUUUCAUCUCUUCUCAGUUCUUACUUGCAAUUUUCACAUUUGGGGCGUCUGCUAAGUCAACAGUUGAAGCCAUAAUAUUUGUGUUUGUGAAAUACCCAUUUGAGGCAGGAGAUCGUUGUCUCAUUGAUGGUGUCCAGGUAAUGGUGGAGGAAGUAAACAUAUUGACAACUGUCUUCCUGAAAUAUGAUAAUGAGAAGAUUUAUUAUCCAAAUUCAGAAUUGGCUUCAAAAGCAAUCAGCAAUUUCAAUCGAAGCCCAGACAUGGGCGAUUUUGUGGACUUUGAUUUGGAUGUUUCCACUUCCAACGAGAUCAUCUCCGCUCUAAAAGCUAAAAUUAAAGGGUACAUAGAUGGCAAACCUGAGUUUUGGUAUGCAGAUCACAAUAUAAGGGUUCUGGAGAUUCAAGAUGUGAACAAGAUGAAAAUGAGACUCUGUGUAACUCAUACGAUUAACUUUCAGUACUAUGGAAAGAGAAAUCAAAGAAUAUCGGAGCUGGUAGAAGAGCUGAAGAAGUUCUUUGAAGAACUUGCCAUCAAGUAUCAUUUCCUUUCGCCAAGAAGUCUCCAUGAUGCUACUUUCUAGUCGUCGAGAAUAUAUAUAAGUCAUGUCACGUUAGUCGCUCAAAUCCUUACCAGAUGUUUCUUGUCCAUGGUUUAUUCAUUCCAAACUUGUGAUGUGAAUCUUUUGAUCUAAAUUGUAAUCGUCAUUAAUAUUUUACUC